AUGGCUCACUAUGCUCCUAUCACGGCAGAAUGGCAUCCGUCCCUUGCGAAUCAACACCGAAGCAAUUUACUCAGUCCCGGCAAACGCAGGGCUGAAGACGAACUCGAAUCUCAAUCCAACAUCUCGUCGCAUUUCAAGAAACUCCGCUUAAAUCAAGCGAACGGCCAUAGUAAUCCCAUAGCAUCCCUAUAUACGCAAUCUCCCACCUUUUCGCCUUCAGCUACGCCGCCGUCACUAGCCCAAGCCCAAUCGAUCCGGCCGAGUCCGCCGACGAGCCCUUCGACAGCCUCGUUCCGUCCGCAUAUCGCCAAUACCGAUGCUCGACCUGCUCUACCUCUUACCACGUCCAGUCAAUAUGCUAAUGGACUACCUCCUCCUGUUCCGCCUCAUCCCACUCCCGUACCUCAGGUGCCAAGGAAGCUGCCGACCCUCACGGAUGCGGACUUUAUGACCAUCGACGAUACCCCUCACAGGAUUAUAAUACACGACCUAGAGUCAGAAAUCGCUCAGAUUGAAGCCGAGGAAGCAGCCCAGAACGCCACGAUCUUCCUCUCAGAUAUAGACAAAAAGGUAUCUAGUGUGCCACAGAAGCUGCUCCAGUCUCGGAAUCUCGAUCGACUUCCUCAGCCAGCAGGACUGCCGCCUGAGAAUCUGAACACAGCGCUAGUGCUAUACAGAGAUCCCAGUAGCAUAUCCGUGCCAGAGGAGGAUGAUGUGGUCAGGAAGACUAUCAUCGAGGCGAGACGGAGGGCACGGGAAAAGACAGCAGAGGAACAGAGGGAAAAGGAACGGAGAGAAGCAGAAGCUAUGAAUUUACAGCUUAAUCAAAAGAGCGAGGAGUGGGACGAUGCAAUGACAGACAAUUCCUUCCGUGGGAAGGGAGUGGUGGACGAUCCAGACGCAAUGGAAAUAGAAUAG